AUGCUGAAGGACCCAUCCGACUUGAAUCUACUUCAAUUCCACACCGUGAUAAGGCCAUUUGGAGAUUCAUUCGACGACGCUCUGCGGGUGGUGCGGGUACUUAAUAAAAUUGUGAAUAACUAUUGGAGGGGGUCGUGGAUUAGUUAUAGUGCCGCUCCAAGACAAGUGAAGGAUUUGUGGUGGAAUGAGUUCAAGGCACAUGAAUUGGGGAUGGAGCCGACGUAUUUCGCUACAUUUGAGCGAACAUUUCAAAAAAAAGAUAAGACAUGGACUAACAACCGAGCGAAAUGUAUUAAGGUAUGUAAGGUUAUGUACUUUUGACUUUAUGGAAACACGGUUUGAAAACCA